AUGUUCACAGCAGGCUCUGCCAUUCCUGGUAAUUUCGAAGGUAUCUCAUACUUCUCUUACAAAUACUAUUAUAAUAACUCAGGCGAUGGGGUAAUUUUUUAUCCGCCGUACAUCUACUCAUCUGAAGUCGCCGAAUAUGGAUCUAUGAAUGCCACAUCUUUUAAAGAGAAUCAAACGUAUGGAAUUGGAAUUGAUAUAGAUUCAAAUUUGUUUUUUGUCCAAUCUGCCAAAGAAAUCCGAAGAUAUCAGUUCAAUGUUCUUAAAAACCAACCUUAUAAAUGGAAUGCUUAUGUAAGUGAAGCCCAACCAAGAACUUACCCUUAUCAAGAUAAUAUUACAUUGAAUUUUGGCUUAAGUCCAUUUGAACUACCAGUACCUUUUGGUUUUCAACCAUACAGUUCGAAUUUUAUCGAUUAUUGUAAAACUCUCAAAUCUUGCAUGAAUUUACCAGUUUCUCAUGCAUUUCUAUACAUUAUCAUAACAAUGUAA